AUGGCCAGCUCUCUGCCGAUCUAUGGAGUGGGCCAACUAGUCAGCGUCCUACACUUCUGCCUGCUCUACUCUCUCUACACCUUCGAGUACAAGUGGUACAACAUGGGUUUAGAAGUGCACACUCGACUGUCAUUGAUAGAGGUCAACUGGCCCUACUUUGUUGGGUUUGGCCUGCCCAUGGCAUUGGCAACGUCGCUAGCUUCCUCAACUGUGAUAAGUGGCUGCAUCUUCUCCAUCUUGUUCCCGCUCUUCAUCAUCAGUGCCAAUGAUGCUCAGGAGCCUGCACAGCCUUUUGAGUUCCCGCUAAAGCUGUUCACACCAGUGAGAGUCAUCACCAAUGCUGUAUUCCACCGAUCCAUGACCAACAAAACCAGGAACCCAUCUGGUAACCAAGCAACACCCAAAAGGACACCAACCCAUGAUGCCAAACCAUCUAGGUGA